AGUUGGCAGUCAUUUAAUACGACGCAGAUUGAUUAUCGAAUCUACCAAACUAUUGACACUAUUUAAUGCUGCGUUGGCAUGGAUAUGUUCAACAUUAAUAACUCACAAUAGUAUUGAGGUAUUUGAAAGCCCUACUUCAUACGCACAUAUGCUGGAAUUAGCUAGAGACAGAGCAAAAACGACCAAUAUCGAGUGAGAACAAUUGAUAUGUUAAAAGUUGGAAGAACAAACACAGCUGAUUGUGGUGUGUAAGAGAAGAAGUUAUCCCUAAAGAGAUGAACAAUCCAAAAUACUCCCUCAUUAUGGAUGAAUCACGACCAAAGAUGCAAAGUCUAAUUGACCUUGAUAUUCAUGCGGCAGACGGCGAACCUUAAACUCCAUAAACUAGAGCACACCAGCCAUUAAAAGCAAAAAAGAGAGAAUUUAUGAAGAGCUAGAGAUAACUGCAUUAGCAGAUACUAUCAGUGACUACAUCUUCUAACCCUCAAGUCCUCUAGAUAAAACCAAAAAACCUUCUCCGUACCGGUUGUUGCUAUAUAAAUGCGCUGCCUGCCUACAAACGUUCUUGAGACUCCGAUUAGAACUCUCCUGCCAUGCCACCUAUCGUCACUAUCACCUUCGUAAUGUGUCGUGUGUACGGGCACGGGUACCCCUGGUGAGCGACUUCAUUCACCCUUUCCACUCGGGAGUGAGGUGAGUUGUGUUGCAUUAAUAAAAGUGUGCCACACGCGACCCACCAGAUAGCAGUGUGUCGCGAACCUUCAAACUACUCACAGCGACACACCGGCCUGUCGGCUGUGGCGCCGUGUCAUUGUUGCGGUUAGUGUGCGAAAAGCAAACAGUGGUGCGAUCGCGAAACAAUAGAAAGGGGGGUGAUCGGGUGAACCUGGUGGACGAGUGGGUACGAUCGGGAAGUGUCGGUUUUGUGCAAAGGUGCUUCACUGUGAGGAGAGUAUUUGGAUAACGGAGUCUGCGAGUCCAUUAUUGAUAUUAUACAAUUCGAUUGAUGAAAUCGAUCUCGGUGUAGUCGUACAUGAUGAAACGCUUAGUGCAGUGCGCGGUGACCCUGUGGUUAUUGUGGUUAGGUGUGAACGGUGCUACUGACCAGCCGGACCGACCCAACAUUGUGAUCAUUGUUGCUGACGAUUUGGGCUGGAAUGAUGUCAGCUUCCAUGGAUCGAAUCAAAUCCCAACGCCCAAUAUUGAUGCGCUAGCGUACGACGGUAUCAUACUGAACCGUCAUUAUGUGCCACCACUCUGUACGCCAUCGCGAGCAUCGCUAAUGACGGGGAAACACCCGAUGAACAUCGGCAUGCAGGACCAUGUCAUCCUGUCGGACGAGCCGUGGGGUCUCGGGCUGGACCAGAAGCUAAUGCCCGAGUAUUUCCGUGAGGCUGGCUACCGGACGCAUCUGGUUGGCAAGUGGCAUCUUGGGUUUUUCCGCCGCGCGUACACACCGACCUACCGUGGCUUCGAUUCGCACUUCGGUUAUCUCGGUCCGUACAUCGACUAUUGGGAUCACAGCUUGCAGAUGAAUGAGACAUCUGCCCGCGGUUUGGAUAUGCGACGCAACACGGACGUCAACUACGAUGCCAACGGUACUUAUGCAACGGAUCUGUUCAACGAGGAAGCGGUCCGCAUUAUUGACUCGCACGACCGUAAGCAACCCCUGUUCCUGGUACUAACCCAUCUCGCUCCACACACCGGCAACGAGGACGAUCCGAUGCAGGCGCCGGAAGACGAGGUCGCGAAAUUUAGCUACAUUCAAGAUCCGAAGCGUCGAACAUUGGCAGCCAUGAUAGCGCGAAUAGACACGGGAGUGGGACGAAUUUACCGUACGCUGGAGGGGCGCAACAUGCUCGACAACACCAUCAUACUGUUCUAUGCUGAUAAUGGUGCACCGACGCUAGGAGUGCAUGCCAACGCGGGUUCGAACUACCCGUUGCGUGGGCAAAAAGAAUCACCCUGGGAAGGUGCCGUCCGAGGUGCUGCAUUGAUAUGGAGUCGGCUUCUCCCACGAAAAGGUGUCGUUUCGAACCAAUGGCUUCACGUGAGCGAUUGGUUGCCAACGUUGGGUCAUGUGGCAGGUAUCAACAUCCCACCGACACCGACCAACCCGAUCGAUGGUCAGAAUCAAUGGUCCACGCUAACAACGCCAGCUGCCAUUGGACGUACCGUCGUGAUGAAUAAUGCUCACGAAGAGUACAGCAGCUACAUUAAGCGGGGCUGGAAGUAUGUGAACGGCACUUUGUUGGAAGAGUUCGACGGGUGGCUCGGACAGCCAAGCGAAAGUGAUCAGCUGUCCGAGCAGGAGUAUUACGAUCGUCUUAUCGCACCGGAAGCUAUUGGAGCAUCGAUGCAACUCGACCGAGAUAGCAUCGGGAGGGUUCGUUCUUCUGCGAGCUUACAGUGUACGGUCGAAAUGGAAAGUCCCUGUGAGCCGCUGAAAGAAGCUUGUCUGUUCAACAUAGUUGACGAUCCCUGUGAACGUAACAAUCUAGCCAAACAGUUUCCAGAAGUUCUGCAAGAGCUUGAACACGAUGUCGACGAGUACAGAAAGCGUGGCGUUGAGGCUCGCAAAAAACCGUCAGAUAGUAGGUCCGAUCCAGCGAGACAUAAUUUCACCUGGACAUGGUGGGUAGAUGAGAUGAAGCCGCAUCCGAAUCCAGCUACGUCGCUGCAAAAUCUUUUCCAAGCGUUUCAAAACUUUAUGAACAUGUUCGUGAAUCUGUUUCACAAAUUACAAUCCAGCCUUAGACCCUGAUGGAAUUAGCGGAAGGCAUAAGUUGGAAGCAAAAAUCUUUGAGCAAUAGUCAGCAAGAGCCAAAGAACGAAAAUACUUUGAUUGGCUUAUAAAGGUUUACAUAGGAUUCAAAGUUAUUAAAAGUAAAACUAUAUAUAAAUAUUCUUACUCUUACUUGUAGAUAACUGAGCGCCUCUGCUGUAAAUAUGGUUGGAGAUAAAUAAACAAAAACUAAUACAUU